CCAGUGUAAACUUCCGCAGGGCGGAGCUCGGACAGAGGCUCUUUCCACUGUAAAGUCCUCACGAUUUCACUUACUUUUCAUAAAACCACUCACUUUUGGACACUUUUUAUUCGUUGCUAAUCACGUGCAGUCAAAAUGUCCAAGUCUUUGAAGAAGAUCGUGGAGGAGAGCCGUGACAAAAACAUCCCGGAGGUGGACAUGUGUGACCGGGGCAUCUCCAACAUGCUGGACGUCCCCGGGCUGUUCACUUUGUCCAACAUCACUCAGUUGGUCCUGAGCCACAACAAACUCACUGCCGUUCCUCCAAACAUCUCGGAGCUGAAGAACCUGGAGGUGCUUAACAUGUUCAACAACCAGAUAGAAGAGCUGCCUACUCAGAUCAGCAGCCUGCAGAAGCUCAAGCACCUGAAUCUGGGGAUGAACCGUCUGAGCACUCUGCCCAGAGGCUUUGGGUCCUUACCUGCUUUAGAAGUGUUGGACCUCACCUACAACAACCUCAACCACAGCUCUCUGCCAGGAAACUUCUUCUACCUCACCACUCUGCGAGCGCUCUACCUGAGUGACAAUGACUUUGAGGUACUACCAGCAGACAUCGGGAAACUCUCCAAGCUGCAAAUACUGAGUCUGAGGGACAAUGAUCUGAUCUCUCUGCCGAAAGAGAUCGGAGACCUGGUGCAGCUGAAAGAGCUCCACAUCCAGGGCAACAGGCUCACGGUGCUGCCCCCAGAACUAGGAAACCUGGACCUGACGGGGCCUAAGCAGGUGUUCAAAGCAGAGAACAACCCCUGGGUCACGCCCAUCGCAGACCAGUUCCAACUCGGAGUGUCCCAUGUUUUUGAGUAUGUCCGCUCAGAGACGUACAAGUACCUGUACGGACGACACAUGCAAGCCAAUCCUGAGCCACCAAAGAAGAACAACGACAAGAGCAAGAAGAUCAGCCGCAAGCCCCUGGCUGCUAAGAACAAGUGAGACUGGAGACAGAGAGAGAGAGAGGGGGCCUGUGAUGUCACUGCAUGUGCCUAUCUCCUACUGCAGACACACUUUAUAUAUGCAACAGUACCAGACUGUAUCCUGACCUAUUGUUUUGAUAUGAGUUUCACUGCUUUCUUUUGUAUCACUUUGCUGUCUCAGAAGUAUGCCUUAAAAGAAUGGAAGCUGGGUUCCUCUAAACAUUGUGCUUAAAGCCAUUAUUGUACAGAGCAGAGGACGGGGCAGCAUGGGUUUGUCAUUUGCAAAAAAUGUAUAUGAGAAGUAGGCAUGGGACGAUAUUGAAAUUUAUAUUACGAUGGUCAAAGAUAUUGCAAUAAUUACUAAAAUUACUGUUAGGAAUAUUAAUAAUUGUAAUUUUACUAUUUAUACUAUUAAAAUAUCCACGUUUAAAAAGGGAGUAUUAUGCAAACUUGACUUUUUGUAACUUUCUACCACGUUAUCACCUUGUUCGCUCAUCACAAACAUGCCUGAAGAAGAUUUUUCCUCUACAUGUUUGAGUAAUCUAGUGAUCUGUCAACAUCCGGUUUGUCAAGUUGCUGUGUACAGACUGUAUCAUGUUUUUGUAGAGAAUUGUCAUGCGGACCCUUAUAAAGACUCUUUCAGCUAUAAGGAGGGUUCGAAUAGGGCCUGGGAGAGAUCGCUAAAUUAAAUGCAAGGAUGACAUCUAAAAACUCCAUAAAAUGGUAGAAUGCUCAAAGUCGACUAUGCAUAAUACCUUCUCUCUAAUCAACUUUUACAGCAUUGUACUUUGUUGUGAGAACAGUAGUGAUCUGUUCAUUUUUUAACAAAUCUAGUGGUAAAAUUCAGAAUUUUGGUGAUUGCCAUGAUUAUACAACAUUUCCCUCGAUUGAUUACUAUCUACCCUUUUUAUCGCUAUAAACAAUAUUACUUAUUGUCCUGUCCCUACUGACCAGACCAGAAUAUGUAUAUGGAAUAGCAAAAUUGCUUAAAUACCAAAGUGGUAUUUAAGAGGUACAUAGUCAUCAUAGUCAUUUACUAUGCUAGUGUGAAAACCAAGCUGAACACUGCUCCUGUUUUUACCAAGAGAUAUUUUAUAUUUCAGUUCAGUUUUGUAACUGUUGAAUUCACAUGAUUUUUCUAUACACUCCUUUUUUAUUUCACUAAUUUUUACAUUUCUGGGACAGAAUAUUUUUGCUAAAGCUGUUGUGUUUUGUUCUUACUGUAGUUUAUGUAAUUUAAUCUCUAACAUGCAAUACUAGACUGUUUUAUUUAACUCCUCUUUUAACUGAAGUGUACAGUACCAAAGAGUGGUCAUGCAUUGACAAUGGAAAACACACCCUUUACCAGCCAAUAACCGAGAGAAGAAUGUAAACCUAUAUUUUGUCUACUGAGGUGUCAGUUUAGUUAGAUUUAAAAACACUAAAUGAUUAUGGUCCCCAGAAUAAUGUGCACAUUAUGCAAGAGCAUUAAAAGGCCUGUACCUGAUUUUAAACCAGGGGUUUUAGUAGUACAAGAUAUUGAGUCAAUAUAAGAGGGCAAGCUUUAGAUGUUGUACAGUUAGAUACCUAUAAAAUGCAGAACACCAUUUAUUAAUGCACAAAACUCAAAAUAACUUAUAUAUGAUGGCAAUUAAUCAAAUUUGAGUUAUUCAGUACAAUACGUAUAUUUCAGAAAUCCCUCUGUAGGGGUGGAGAGUUUCUGGUAGCUUCCGAUCUACAGGUAGGAGACCCUUGUUUUAAACCAUGAGUGAAAACAUUUUUUAGUUUUAAUAUUUAGCCCUGUCCACUCAGUCGUGAUACAAGAAUGGUGUUUGGGAUGGUGCCAGGCAGUUGUUUCUUGGUAUUGCUCUAUUUCUGCUACUAUUUGUGUGUUAGUCACUUGAAAAUGUACCAUGACAGAGAAAAAAUGUCAGGGGUGGAGUGAGGUAAUUGGUUUCCCAUGAUUCAUGCUAACAAUGUUACACUGUCUGUAGCUUAUGAAUUUGUUGUUAUGUGAGAAAAUGCUACAUCAAAUGUAAAGAUUAUACUUUGCAUCUUGACCAGAAUACAGUAAAACCAGGUACAGGCCCUUUAAAUAUGGUCAUGUAAUUUCAGUUGUUCAUUUUGCUGGCUAGUACUUUUUUUUCCAUUCGUCAUUUGAUUUGGUUCUAUACUGUGUUUGAUCAUAAUUCCUAAAUUCUGUCAUUUUUAAGCGCCUUUUCCCAUUUUUGCAUUAGAGAGAACAACUGUUAUUAACUGUUGUUACUGCAGACUGAAUCGUGUGCAGUGUUGAAGCUGGACUUUUAAACAGUGUGUAACUUGUGUAAGAUGAGUUGUAUUAUUAUAGUGUACUGUAAAACUGUACCAGUCACCAUGCCUUUGUUUUAUGUGCCAACAUGUAUUUACCUUUAUAUUACAGUGUUAUUUCUCUGGGUCAACAUUUCAAGUCAAUGUUAUAAAGACGUUAAAAUAUG